AUGCGAUACAACACACAGGAAAGCCAACCACAGACAAGCAUCUGCAAAGUUGUUGGGUUCUUUGAUUUCCAGCAAUUAUGGAGAAAAAAGGAAGGUCUCAAACCGAAACAGAUCAUUGAACAGGUCAGGAUGCUGCAUGGUGUUCACAUCAAUUACAAACAAGCUUGGAGAGUGAGAGAAGAAGCUCAGAUUUUGGUUAGAGGGACUCCUGAAGACAGCUAUUACAAUUUGUCUAGGUGGUUGUAUAAAAUCACAGAAACAAACCCUGGUUCCUUGACUUAUCAACAUGUUGAUGCUGCAGGAAAGUUCAAGUAUGCAUUUGUGGCUUUUGGUCCAUCGAUAAGGGGAUUCUCAUUGAUGAGGAGAGUUAUUGCAGUAGAUGGUACAUUUCUGAAGGGAAAAUUCAAUGGGACUUUAUUGGCAGCUUGUGCUCAAGAUGGGAAUUAUCAUCUAUAUCCUCUCGCCUUUGCAGUGGUUGACGCAGAAAACGGCGCCUCUUGGAAAUGGUUCUUUAGAGGUUUGAGCCAGAAGAUCCCGGACGCUUCGGAUCUUGUUUUUGUAUCAGACAGGGCUAACUCCAUUUCUUCAGCGUUGGAGGAUGUAUAUCCCUUAUCUCACCAUGGAAUUUGCAGGAUCCAUCUGCUCCGCAACAUCACUCCUACAUAUGCGAAGACUGGGUUGCUACCUCUGGUGGAAAGCGCUGCUGAUGCCUAUACGUGUCACGAGUUCUGGUUAAUCUUCAAGGACAUAAAGGAUAAAUGUCCUGAAUUGGCUAAGUAUCUGGAAGAGUCUGAUUUUAGGAAGUGGGCACGAAGCUAUGCGCCUGCGAACAGGUAUAAUAUCAUGACUACCAACAUUGCAGAGUCUCUCAAUUCUAUGUUGAAGAUGCCUCGUGAGUUGCCCAUUAUCUCUCUCCUUGAAACUAUCAGAUUGACGAUGACCACUUGGUUUUUUGAGCGACGCGAAGCGGCUGCGAAACAUAAGCACCUGGUUACUCCAAAAGUUGUGCAGAAAUUGGUAUCUAGGUUAGGGGCCGCAAUGUUGUUGAAUGUGUAUCAAGUUGAUCGAAGCGAGUUUGAGGUGAAGGAUGAAACAAUGAAGUUUGUUGUUGACUUGGAGAAGCGGCAUUGCACAUGUAAUGUUUUCGACAUUGACAAGAUCCCCUGCAUCCAUGCCAUCGCUGCUGCUAAGCAUAUCAAGAGAGAUGAAAACCGUUUUGUUGAUGCUUCUCACUUGACAGAAACGUGGGCUAAAGCUUAUGCUGAAAGCAUACAUCCUGGUGGAGAGUUGUCAACGUCCACCUAUCCAGAGAAUAUUGAUGAACUGUCUUGCCCACCUCCAGCUACCAAAAAGAAAAGUGGACGCCCUCCUACAAAGAGAAAGAGAUCCGUUGGCGAGUUUGGGGUUCCUGGAUCUAAAUCUCAGUCCCACAAGUGCAGCAGAUGUGGCACAGGAGGGCACAACAAGAUCACAUGCCAGAGGCCUAUAGGAUGA